UCAAUAAUAUUAAAGUUGGUAUUAGGUUAAACAGAUAUUGGUAACUUUGUUCAUAACAUUGUAUUGACUUAUCCAAGCUUUGUUCAUAACAUUGCACUGACUCAUCCAAGAAGUUACAUGAGUAAAUAAUUUAAGUAAGGUGAUGACUUUGUUUUGCAAAUAUUAAAUCAUCACAUGAGAAACUUUUGUAGCAAAACAAUAUAUAUAGCUACCAAUACUGUUAAACCAUCGUAUUCAUUAUAUCUCAAUCUGAUAACAGUGUUGGCUACAACUCUUUAUGAUGAAUGCACAAUACCAAAACAAUCCUGAGCCUGAACAAUUGUAUGAGGUGGAAUUUAAAGGCAUUGAACAUGAUUAUUUAGAUGUUAAGAAGCCAGUGGAAACAGCAAAAAGACCUGCAGCAAAAGUGGAAGCUGUAAAAGUGUCACUAAAGUUCUGGAAAAUAUUCACCUGUGUGGUGUUUGUACUUGUGCUGGCAGUAGCUAUAGUAGGAAUUUACUCCAUGGCUUCAAGUGGGAAGAAAUGCAUCCAUACAACUCCAAUCACAACCACAGAAGCUUAUGGAUCCUCAAAAAAUCCAGCUACAUCAUGUUUGGACCUAAAGAACUCCAGCAAUGUCUUGAGUGAUGGGUAUUACUUUAUACAAACCGUUGAUAGUGAGAGCCCCUUUAAGGUUUAUUGUGACAUGACAACAUCUGGUGGUGGUUGGACGUUAGUAGCAUCUGUUCAUGAGAAUGAUAUCAAUGGGAAAUGCACAACUGCAGAUAUGUGGUUCAGUAAUGAUCUAGCACAGUAUUCAAAAAUUUCAAAAAACUGGGAAAACACAAACAUAUUUGGAACUGUUAAAGAAGCAACUUUAGCUGAUUAUAAAAACACUGGCUACUCUACCAUGAAGGCAUCCAAUCUGAUGUUACGCCAUGUACCAAACAAAACACCUGUGGAUGAAUCACGAUUCUUAGCAAGCUUGCAAUAUCACACAAGUAACAACUUCCUUGAGAAACAUGGUGGGAAUCUAUUCACAACAUACACAAGGCAUUAUCCAAUGAACCCAAAAACAACAGUUGCUGUAAACUACCCAUCUAACAUGAACAAGUUGGUUGAUGCAAUAGCAGCUCUCUCUCCAAGCUUGAUUUCAGGAAUCCCAGACUUUUACUAUUAUACAUACGGCACUUCAACUGAUCGUUUACAAAAUGCUGGAAGUGGUACUUUUACCAGUUAUGGAAUGAUUAUGUAUUUAAACUUUCGAUGCUCUUACUAUUUGGCUUAUGGAAAAGAACACAAAUGCUCAUACAUUAGAAGUGUAUCAGUAAGCAGAAAAUCUCAUCCAUUUAUUGCUGUAACUGCAAUUGAAAAUCCAGACUCCAGUUCUUCUGGAUAUAACCGGGUUCAAAGCUCCAGACCAUCCUCUGACCCAACCACAUUAUACAAUGGUAAACUAACAGAAGGCAACUUUGAGCUAAAAUACAGAGCUAGAUGCGUUUAUGGAAGAAAUGUUUCAAGUGUUUGUGAUGUUUUCUUUGCAGUCAACAAUACAAAGGAUUGGGCUUCAUCUAGCACAUUUACUUUGUCAGAAACAAUCAAUCAACAUGCUACUUAUUACUAUUACUAUGUAUAUAUAAAAAACUCCCCAAGAAGAGUGAUGUUCGGUUACACCAUGCUUUCAAGAACUGCUGGACGACUUGUGACAAAAGUUCAGAUGGAAUCAACUCUGAAGAAAAUGUUGCAGCCUUUUAAAAACUACACCUGGUCAGUCCCAUGUGCAUCCAGCCAUUUAGUAGUACCGGUGACAUACACAAUUGGUGAAUCUACUUUGAGCAACUUUGUCCCUCCUUCCAUGCACUAUGCAACAACAACUGGAUUCUUACAGAUCCGUGCUGAAUCAUAUACUGGAACAUACUAUGCUAUGUGUCCUGCUGUAAAAUUAAAUAAUUGCGAUGGAAGAUACGUCUGCAUUGGUGGUGUGCAAAAUGGAUAUUCUCAACAAACAAAAGACUGCAGUGACUUAACUGAGUGGAACGGAAAAGUUAGUAAUUCAGAUUACCACAAUAGUAAGAACUUUGCCCAUUCAACAAAAGAUAUUUUAUCCACCGUCAUGAUUUUCUACCGCUGAGCUUUCCUUGUAUAUAUAUAUAUUUAACUUUUGUUUUCUUACAUUUUAAUGCUUAAUUUAAUAUAAAAUUUAAUUUAACAUAAAAUAUAUUUACUCUUUAGUUUGGUAAAAAUUUAAAUAAACUAUUUAGCUAUUGUAAAUGUAGAUUGUAUAUAAUUUAACUUUUCAAUUUUUUUUCAAAUUAGGGUAGCCAUAGCCUAUAAAUGUUAUUAUAUAUACAUCGUAAAAAUGUAUGUAUUCUAUAAAUAUUUCAGUGCGUCUAAUUUACAAUAAAAUCGUGCAUUCUCUAUGAUGUGUGUCUUUCUUCUACUUACUGCAGUGUGUUAAUCGUCUUUUUUAUAUCUCGAUAAAAGUAGAAUGGGCAAAUUGA